CGUUUCAAGUCUGAAAAUAAACUCACAAAAUCAAGCAAAUCGAGCAAAUCGGAAAUUGAUCUCGUCCAUCUGUUCCUGAAGGAAGGAUACGCUGAAAUCGUGUCAGUGCUGCAAGUUAUCACUUGGUGGCGUUGCUCAUCUCUCUCUUUCUCCCAUUUCUCUCGUUGCAGUUACAGAAGUCAAGCAACUGAAAAAAGCGCCAUUUUUCAAACAAUCGUACUCGAGUGAAGUUGUAAACACAGGAGCACAGAGCAAAAAACAUCAGCCAAAAUGUCUGAUCGCAAAGCCGUGAUUAAAAAUGCCGACAUGAGCGAGGAGAUGCAGCAGGAUGCCGUCGAUUGUGCGACACAGGCCCUCGAGAAGUACAACAUUGAGAAGGACAUUGCGGCCUACAUCAAGAAGGAGUUCGACAAAAAAUACAAUCCCACAUGGCAUUGCAUUGUGGGCCGCAACUUUGGAUCGUAUGUUACCCACGAGACGCGCCACUUCAUCUACUUCUAUUUGGGCCAGGUGGCCAUUUUAUUGUUUAAGAGCGGUUAAAGUAUUGUCGAGUCGGAUGAAGUGGUGGUGAGGAGG